UUUCGAUGUUACGUUCAAGCACGAAGAAUAGGAUCAUUCCUUCAUUAUCCAAGCUCAAAGAUUUCCUCGAAUCUGGUCAUGAAGUGGCCAGACUUUUGAAAAGAUCUGCCUGGUUUUUGACAACAGAUUUGGAUGAAUCCUUAAUGCUGAAUGUGGAAAUCCUCAAGAGCUGCGGUAUACCUAUGGAGCGUAUCCAGCACUUCCUCUAUAUUCGGCCGAGAUGCUUCUUGGUGAAGCCUCAUAUUAUGAGGAAAUCUGUAGACAAGGCCAUAGAAAUUGGGGCAUCUAAGGCUUCUAUCAAUUUCAUUUUUCUUGUUGAUUUAUUUGCCCUUAAGAGUAAGAAGAUGUGGGAAGUGAAGUGGCAAAGUCUCCGCAAUUUGGGAUUUUCUGAUAAUGACAUGCACGUGAUUCUUAGGAAGCAACCAACAGUUUUUGCGGUUUCUGGAAAUAAAAUUAAGAAUGUGAUAGAUCUUCUGGUUGCUACCAGCAAGUACAAUAUGUCCAGCAUUGUCACUUGCCCGUCAGUGCUCGGGUGCAGCAUCGAAAAGAGGCUUGAGCCGCGGCUGCAGAUUCUGAGACUUGUGGAUAGUAGGAAUCUGAUUGCAAAGUAGCCGAGUCUUAAUAGUGUUGCUACAUUCAGAGAUGAUCUUUUCUUUGACAAAUUUAUUAGGCCUUAUUACGAUGAGAUUGGCGAAGAACACAUCACUCGGAGGUACAUGUCGAGGGCCAAAGGAGGUGAAGCUUUUAGCAGCUGCUUGAGGAACUGAACACACAUUCAUCCAAAACUUCCACUUCUCUUCUUCAUCACGCUCCGAUUCUCGGCAACGAAGAGCCAAAUGGAACCCGCGAUCCACGAGCAAGAUAUUUUGAUAGUCGGAGGCGGCAUAGCUGGCCUCACCACAGCUCUCGGACUCCACAGGUUGGGGAUUCGGAGCCUGGUUUUGGAGGCGUCGGAUGGAUUGAGAACCACAGGGUUCGCCCUAACUUUAUGGACGAACGCGUGGAUAGCUCUAGAUGCAGUCGGAAUCGGCGACGCCAUGAGAGCCAAUUCUCUCCCAAUUCAAGGUUUCAAAGUCGGUAGCUUGGAUUCCACCUCUUCUAGUCCAAAGCAAGGCGUUGAGACAGAUUUCAAAUUAGGCAAGUUUGAGAAGAGAUGUGUGAGAAGGAUAGACUUACUAGAGCUUCUAGAGAGAGAAUUGCCACAAGGGAGUGUGAGAUACUCUUCCAAGAUUGUUUGCAUUGAGGAAUCUGGUAACUUCAAAUUAGUGCAUCUUUCAGAUGGCUCUAUUUUCAGAACUAAGGUAUUGCUGGGAUGUGAUGGAGUGAACUCAAUGGUGGCGCAAUGGCUGGGCCUCAAGAGUCCGGUUAGCGCUGCACGAGCAGCGAUCAGAGGCUACGUCGUGUAUCCAGACGGCCACAACUUAGAGCCCAAGAUGUAUGCCUACUUUGGUGGAGGCGUGCGCAUCGGUUUUGUUCCUUGUGAUGACAAUGACAUAUACUGGUUCUGCACUUUCACUCCAUCACUAUUCAAAUAUGAUGAGAGCGAGCGCGAUCCCUCAAAAAUGAAGCAGUUUGUGAUCAGCAAAAUCGGCAGCGCUCGUAAACAUGUGUUGGAUGUGGUGGAGAGGACCGAGCUAGCCAACAUCUCGUCCGCGCAUCUGAAGUUUAGGUCGCCGUGGAACAUUUUGUUCGGAGACAUUGUGAGGAACGGAGUGUGUGUGGCCGGGGACGCCCUGCAUCCGAUGACCCCGGAUCUAGGUCAAGGUGGGUGCUCGGCUAUUGAGGACGCGGUGGUUCUUGCAAGGUGCCUGGGCGGAGCUCUGUCGGAGGAGGGAGACGAGGAGGAUUGCGCGAAGAUGGCAAAGGGGUUGGAGAGGUAUGGGAAGGAGAGGAGGUGGAGAAGCUUUAGUCUUGUGAGCGCAGCUUAUGUUGUUGGUAAGUUGCAAGAGAGUGAUAACAAAGUGGUGAGCUUCUUUAGGAAGAUGUUUUUGUCUAAGUUUACCGUUGAGCCCUUCGUGAGAAUGGCUGACUUUGAUUGUGGGAAGUUGGUUGUUGCUUCUACUUAGGUUUUCGACCACGGCAUUAUACCUACAUAUAUACGAUUGUGUUAUAGUAAAAACUUAAUUUUUCGUAAAAA